AUGUCCUCCCCCGCAUAUCUCGAAUUUCUGCCUCUAGGCGCCAUAAUCCAAUCCUUCCUCGUCGGAAAAUCCAACCUGAACAUCGUCCAAGGCUUCCCGAAACAAGAACACUACGUCUCCUACAACGGUCCCUUCUUCGGCGAGACAAUCGGUCGAGUCGCCAACAGAAUCAAGAGUGGAAAGAUCGAUUCCCUGAACGGACAAUCCUACACACUUGCGAAGAACAAUGGCGCGAAUGCUCUGCAUGGAGGGGAUGUUGGCUGGGGGAAACGAGUCUGGGAGGGCCCGGCGCCGGUUGGUGUCAGGAGUAUACCUGGUGUUGCAGGGCUGGAGGGAGGAGAGAGUGUGAAGUUUACGCUGAGGAGUGAGGAUGGGGAUGAGGGGUAUCCUGGGACGGUGGAUGUUAGUGUUGUGUACACAGCGGGUGUGGUGAGAGGGGAGGGAGGGAAGGAAGUCAGGGUUUUGGGGAUUGAAUAUGAGGUGCAGCUGGUGGGGGAUGAGGUUGAGGAGACGGUGGUUAAUGUUACGAACCAUUCCUAUUUCAACCUCACCGGCUCCCCAACCAUAACAGGCACCGAAGUCACCCUCACCACAACCGCCUACCUCCCCGUCGACGCAGGCGGAAUCCCCACCUCCUCCUCCACCGCUGCCUACCCAGCCCUCACCCCCAACCAACCCUUCACACUCGGCACCUCCGAGCCCGACAUCGACGACUGCUUCGUCGUAGACCCCUCGCUCGCAUCCUCCAUCCCACUCGACACGCGCUCCUCUCCUCUCAAUUCGCUAGUCAAAGCGUAUCAUCCAGACAGUAAAGUGCAUCUCGAAGUGCUGAGCACAGAGCCGGCGUUCCAGUUUUAUACGGGAAAGUAUAUUGAUGUGCCUGAGAUUGGGAGUGGGGAGAAUGGGGGACAGGGGAAAGUGGAGAAGAGGGGACCGAGAAGUGGGUUUUGUGUUGAGCCGAGUAGGUUUGUGAAUGCGGUUAAUGUGGAGGAGUGGAGGGGGCAGGUUGUGGUGAAGAAAGGAGAGGUUUAUGGGAGUAGGGUUGUGUAUAAGGGGUGGUGUGAUGAGUAG